CCCUAAACUCUCACCUUUUUCUGACACCCCCACAAAAUGCUUUUCUUUUCUUUUCAGAGAAGAGCAACCCUGAUCGGGGUCAGUAGGUCGUAACAAUGGCGGCUCACACCUGGCGAACGAUCCUACCUGACCAAUAACCCAGUUCGACCCCUGCUUUCCAGCAAGUCCAUUCGCUGUCGCUUUUUCUAACGGUGUGUGUGAGAGUGUUUUUUCAAGGGGACUUUCCAGUUGCAUUGGAACGCUCGGAUUAUGCCGUGAGGCCUCUUCAAUCAGAACUUCUAGUUCAGCGAUUUCAAUCGGAUAUACUUCGCGCGAGACAUGGCCAGGUAUUGGUGCCUCUCAUUGCUGAUGUUCGGGCUAGGGUGCACGUGGGCCGCGCAUCCGCCUACAACCACCUCCGCAAUCUAUGAUGUAACAACCAGCAAGUUCAAGGAAAACUUUGUUGCUGAUGAUAAUAACGUAACUGUCGUCGACGAUCAGCUGAUGCUCGGCAAUGAAACCACUCAAACAACAGAAAGCACACGCAGUCCUAAGAGUGAGGAGGAGGAGGAGGAGCGGACAGAGCCUCCAAUUCUUGAUUCGGAUGAUUCACUUCUUGCCGCCUUUAUGGAAAUGCAAUUGAAAUUGGAAAAAAGAGAAACUACUCCUGCCAUUCCCAAGCGAACAUGUGGAAGGAGAUUCAUGGGAAUGAAUAGAAGUGGUAGAAUCGUUGGUGGUCGCAAUACAUUCGGAGGAGAGUUUCCUUGGGCGGUCUCAGUUAGGCUGCUAACAGUUCAUUAUUGUGGAGGAACAAUAAUAAAUAAACAUUGGGUGUUGACUGCAGCUCAUUGUGUUAAACGAAGAGAUAAUGGGAAAACAGUCAGAUGGUAUGCUCCUCGCUAUUUCCGUGUGCGUCCUGGUGACAACGACGUCUCAGUACGUGGUUUUCGAUCUGAUCUUGACAUUCAAGUGGUUGAUAUACAGAUCCAUCCUGAUUUUGGUAAACCCAGACGCUACAGCAAUGACGUUGCGCUGCUCAAGCUGAAGAGACCUUUGGAAUUUGAUAACUUUGCUCAACCUAUUUGCCUGCCAGAUCCGGAUCGGGAUUAUUCCAAUCGAAAUGCUAUGGUGGUUGGAUGGGGAGCAACAAAAGAAACUGACAGAGAGG